ACCAAGAGCUCUGAACGAGAGAGACCCCAUCCAUCGCCUCACUUGUGUUCUCUUUCUUCGAUCUGUCCCCGGCAGACCCGAGAUCGCGGAAUACGUUGCGCUCUCCGGAAGAGCUUCUGCAUUGUUAACACGCAAUAUACGUUCUCGCGACCUCCGAAACCCAGAGCCCAAUCAUCUCCCCGGGAUAUUCGGUUCGAGACCCCUUGCGUUGAUACAUCGUUCAGUGACCGAGCUUGAGAGCAACUCUCGUGGGAAAUUUCCGCUGAACGUCUCGGAAGUUCCUCUAGCCACUUAUUGUUUUCGAUCCUGAGAUGUGCCGGAACCAUUGCUCGGGAUAAACCUCUCCUCUGCGGAUCGCCGUGCCGAUAUCAGAAUGGUUCUCACUCCAAUGAGACGGGCAUACUCGCCCCGCUCGAACCUCCUAUCUGCCGCCACGUUAUUGCUCUCUCUGGUGUUCAUCACUGUCGCAUUCUGUACACCUUAUUGGCUCGUGAACGAUGGUAUCCACCCUGGCACCCAAAAAUUCCGAAGGAGGGGUCUCUGGGAAGUGUGCUUCGACAGUCCCCUCGACGAUCACUACAGGGUACUCCGGCUCUUGCGUUUCGACAACGACAACCGAGGAUGCCGCUGGAUCUUCGACCGUGAAUACAGAUACCUCAGACCGCUCCUCGAGGCUCCGUAUUUCGUUGCGGUUCAGAUUUUCUUCACGAUAGGUUUCGGGCUCUUGGUAGCUUCUUGUGGCGUUCUGCUCGGCGCAAACAUCUGCAUGCCUCCAGAGAAAGAAGUCCAAAUGCUACGAGCUACCGUAGGGCUCAUAUUAGCAUCCACUGUUUGCAAUCUAGUGGCUAUCAUCGUAUUCGGAGCUCUUGGUGACAUCACCAACGACUACAUUCCUCAGGUGGAUUGGAACUACUUCGGCUGGUCGUACGUCCUGGCGGUCGUCGGAGUCAUCAUUCAACUCAUAGCAGCUAUUUUCGCCUGGAUGGAUGCUCGAGCCGCCGCAGAGCGCGACUACGAAGACAGCGUGAUGGCUAUGGAGGAACGAUUGAGGGAUUCGGCGUCUCUCCAGGGAGGCACCUUAUCGCGGCCUCCCACAGGGACACUUCCUCGACCCGGAUCGAGAGUGUCGCUACAUCGCACGGGUUCGCUUCAACACCUACCGUGA